AUGUCUCUCAACACUCGAAAUGGGUGUGUUCCACCCUCCCCAGCUAUUGUUGCCCCGCCUUCGCCCACAAAUCUGCGACUAACUGUUGGGGAUCCGGUCAGUGAGCCGGCGAAUGAACCUGAGGAGCGAGUUCUACAGGCCGGAUAUUGGGAACAUGGCCGCUUUUAUGGUUCUUGGAAGAUUGGGAAGUACCUUUUCCCAAUUGACAAGGAGGAGCUCAAUAGGCUAGAUAUCUUUCACAAAUUCUUUAUGGUGGCAAGAGAAGAUCGCAUCACUGAGACUCCCCUUGACAAAGAGGGACGGCCUAAGAUUAUGGAUCUUGGAACAGGCACGGGCAUCUGGGCAUUCAAUCUUGUAGAAGAGUUCGCCACGGAUGCCCAAGUCCUGGCCGUCGAUCUCAACCAGAUUCAGCCAGCUCUGCACUUGGUCCCUGGGGGAUAUAUCGAGCACCUGGAGGUAGACUGGACACCACAGUGGGAGGACGAAAAUAUCCCAACGCAUUCGGCUCUGCGCGAGUGGGCUCACCUAUUCCAGCGCGCCAUGCGUCGAUACCACCGUAGCGUCACAGUAUCGUGUGAAGACGCCCAAGACAUGAUGGAGGCUGCUGGUUUCACCGAAUUUACCGAAACUACUAUGCGGUGCUACGUGAAUCCGUGGUCUCCCGAGCGCCUUCCCCGAGAGUCUGCUCGCUGGUUCAAUCUCGCCCUCAGCCUAGGUCUCGAGGCCAUGAGCAUGAUGCCUAUGAUUGAGAAACUUGGUAUGACCAAGGAGGAUGUUCUGGACCUCUGUAGUAGAGUCAAGAAGGAGAUAUGCAUUCUGCGCUAUCACGCCUACUGCACCCUGUAA